AUACAAAGAUUUUCCAAUGAGUUUUAGAACCCAGAUGAACAAAAGAGUCUAUUACCAGAUUCUCAAAAAUAGAUGUGUAAUUCAACAGAAAACUUUGUGGUAGAGGUAGGUUUCAGAUGCUAGAAUGAAAACAGUCUCAUGUACAAAAAAGUAUCUUUUUUAUUAAAAGGAGAAGCACUGGGAAAUAAGGAAAUAUUCCAAAUUGGCUGGAGUGUCCUUUAUCCACAUGACGGAUUGUUCUUGCCUAUACCCACCUCUACUCUCUCUUCUGGAUUGGGUAGGACUUUUGGAACCUACAAAAUGCCAACUCUAAAGAGAAUUACUUUCUUAUAUUUGUUUCGUGGUCUGAGACUCAAGUAGGAAAAUAGGUUGUUUCCUUGAUAAUGCCACAGUAGACAGAGGUAGGUCUGUAACUGAAAGCUCCUAAUUUCCAGUGCUCUAGGCUUCAACUGCCUAAAGCUGAGUGUUUGAAUAAGUGAAUGAUGUGGUGCAAAAAGUGGUUGAAAUAAAAUCAGAAGCUACCUACCUUCCUUUCUCUCCUUGCCCUAAUUCCUUCCUGAUACACAGCAUCAUCAGACCUUGUAAUGGAGUACCAGGGCCCCGCCACGGAGCUCCAGAAUUUAAGCAGAGAAUGUCCACAGGAUCAAGUCCAUGACCGAGGGUUUCACAAGUUUCCCACUCUGGAGUCCAGGACUGAGCCAAGAGGGCCCCCACACACAACCAGCACAGAUCUUACUUCUGUGUGGACACUUUGGUUAAUUACUUAGAUUUAUUGAGGUACAGAAUGUGCAUACAGGGUGGUCAGUCAGUUGGUGGUCUUGGACAGUAAACUGACAAUAGAACAAGAAAAUCUAUUGUUCAAUUCCUUGUAUUUAAUUAAAUAUAAACUCUGGAUGAUUUUAUGAUGUGUCAACUUGAGUACAUGUAUGUACAAAGAGGGAAAUGAGGGCAGUAGCCAUUUUGUGGCAUAGACAUACCUUAUUAUUCUUCAGUGAAACACUUACUUAGGACCUGCUGGAAAGGCAUUUUGCAGAUGCGAGCAAAGGUCCUAAUCCUGUAACUAGGAAGUGUACCCAAGUAAGCCUGACUUCAUCAGUGAAAGUCCUUUAAAGAAACACAUAGGCAUUCCUUGAACAACAUUUUAAACGGCAAAUGGGACUCUAAUCUUCCAGUUGCCCCCUAUUGACUUUAAACCAAAGCUUUGAUUCAUGACCACUGGGAUCCAGCCAGCGGGGGAUUUCUUUUCCUGAUGGACUGUACCCAGGAUCUCACAUUUGCUUAAGCAGCCCCCACAAUUGGGUAAGUCAAGUCUUUGCACUUAAUUCAUAUGUGAAUCUCCCUAACUAUACAUAUAUCUUAUGGGUUCUGCUUUUGUCUUUGAACCUGGACAGACCUGGGUCUGAUAGAUUUGUCUUCACUGUUUUGACAGUCUUGACCAUAAGUCUUCUGGACCAUCGGCAAAGAAUUCCUCUAUCAGAAGGUAUUUGAGUAGUCCCUUCUGAAAUCUCUUUUUUAAAAAAAUAAUUUUCAUAUAACAACAAAAAGACUUGGUAUAGAAAGAAAAAUAUAGUCCAUCUCUAUCAUUUGGAUUCUGUAUUUGUGAAUUUGCCUAUAUCCUAAAAGUUAUGUGUAAUCCCCAAAACAAUUCCCGUGGUGCACUCCUAGUCAUUGUAGGACAUCAUGCACUAUAUGGAGAAAAACGUUAAAAUAAUAACUCAUCUUUCACCCAUGAGACUGGUGAAGUUUUGUAAAUUCAAUGAGAGACCCCAGGUUAGUGGGUUUAUUUGGUUAAUCAGUGAUUUCUCUUAGAGUGGUAGAAAACAGAAAACAAAAAGGAAAGUUUUAUCUUCCAUUGGACUUCUCUGGAAAUAUCCUAUAAGUGUACUACAGCAGCAUUGAAGCUGGAUGAGGUGGUUUAUACCUGUACUCUUAGCACUUUGGAAGGCCGAGACCAGAGGACCACUUGAAGCCAGGAGUUGGAGAACAGCAUGGGCUACAGAGUCAUACACUGACUUUACCAAAAAUUUCAACAAAAAAAAUUAGCCAGGUGAUAUAGUGUGAGCCUAAAGUCUUAGCUACUUGGAAGGCUGAAGCAGGAGGAUUACUUGGAAUUCAAGGCUGCAGGGAGCUAUGAUUAUGCUACUGCACUCCAGAAGGAGACCCUUUCUCUAGAAUAAAUAAAUGUGCACUUAGAGGAAUGCCUGUAUCAUGGAAGAAACUCAAUAAACAGUAUAAAAUGCAUCUUAGUUAAUUUCUAGCCUAUGUAUGCUCUGACAGGAUUUAUGUUACAUAUGAUUCAUUCAGGCACUGGUGUUCAGAAUGAAAGUGUGAUGAUAAUUUAAUCAGAGCUGCAAAGGUGUGUUCUAAAUACUGCAUAAACCUAAUCAUCUUUGUCUCCACCUUUCUGAAUGCUCUAAAUACCCAUAAAGAGGUGGGUGUGGUCAUCACAGAUUCUUAUAAAAGGACACAGAAGAGACAAGCUCAGUUUUCUCUGAAGGAGAAGGACUGCACUUAGAACUGUAUUUUGGCGACCUCUGAAAUUCAGUACUGCAGUGAAUGAGCUUCUGACCUUGAGAAACAUGAAUUCUGGAAUCUUACAGGUCUUUCAGAGGGAACUCAUCUGCCCCAUGUGCAUGAACUACUUCGUAGACCCGGUCACCACAGACUGUGGGCACAGCUUUUGCAGGCCUUGUUUCUACCUCAACUGGCAAGACAUUCCAUUUCUUGUCCAGUGCUCUGAAUGCACAAAGUCAACAGAGCAGAUAAACCUCCAAACCGACAUUCAUUUGAAGAAGAUGGCUUCUCUUGCCAGAAAAGUCAGUCUCUGGCUAUUCCUGAGCUCUGAGGAGCAAAUGUGUGGCACUCACAGGGAGACAAAGAAGAUGUUCUGUGAAGUGGACAGGAGCCUGCUCUGUUUGCUGUGCUCCAGCUCUCAGGAGCACCGGUAUCACAGACACCGUCCCAUUGAGUGGGCUGCUGAGGAACACCGGGAGAAGCUUUUACAGAAAAUGCAGUCUUUGUGGGAAAAAGCUUGUGAAAAUCACAGAAACCUGAAUGUGGAAACCACCAGAACCAGAUGCUGGAAGGAUUAUGUGAAUUUAAGGCUAGAAGCAAUUAGAGCUGAGUAUCAGAAGAUGCCUGCAUUUCAUCAUGAAGAAGAAAAACAUAAUUUGGAGAUGCUGAAAAAGAAGGGGAAAGAAAUCUUUCAUCGACUUCAUUUAAGUAAAGCCAAAAUGGCUCAUAGGAUGGAGAUUUUAAGAGGAAUGUAUGAGGAGCUGAACGAAAUGUGCCAUAAACCAGAUGUGGAGCUACUUCAGGCUUUUGGAGACAUAUUACACAGGAGUGAGUCCGUGCUGCUGCACAUGCCCCAGCCUCUGAAUCCAGAGCUCAGUGCAGGGCCCAUCACUGGACUGAGGGACAGGCUCAACCAAUCCCGAGAAGCCAACAGUGAUAUCUUUCUAUAUGAAAUUUUGAGAAGCAUGUGUAUUGGAUGUGACCAUCAAGAUGUACCCCAUUUCACUGCAACACCUAGAAGUUUUCUUGCAUGGGGUGUUCAGACUUUCACCUCCGGCAAAUAUUACUGGGAGGUCCAUGUAGGGGACUCCUGGAAUUGGGCUUUUGGUGUCUGUAAUAUGUAUUGGAAAGAGAAGAAUCAGAAUGAGAAGAUAGAUGGAGAGGAGGGACUCUUUCUUCUUGGGUGUAUUAAGAGUGACAUUCAAUCCAGUCUCUUUACCACCUCCCCACUUAUGCUGCAAUAUAUCCCAAAACCUACCACCCGAGUAGGAUUAUUCCUGGAUUGUGAGGCUAAGACUGUGAGCUUUGUUGAUGUUAAUCAAAGCUCCCUAAUAUACACCAUCCCUAAUUGCUCUUUCUCACCUCCUCUCAGGCCUAUCUUUUGCUGUAUUCACUUCUGACCAGAGACAAAUCAGAAAUGUGUUCACAUGCUGUGGGAACCCCUUUAUCCCAGGAAGUCCUCUUCCUUGUGCCUUAACAUACAGCAAAAAUAGGCUCUAUUUUAUGUCUUGAAUUGCCUUCUAAUGUUAUCAAAACUCAUUUAUUGUGUUACUAUUAAAUAUGCUGAAAACGC